CAAGAGUGAAGCAACCCGGCUAGCGGAGCCUCGCAGCCUGACAGGUGUGAUGGGGUGGCCCUCUACCUGCUCCGCCGAGGCGGCUGGCGGCCGGGAGAAGUAGGCUGGCGACAUCUGGCGGGCCGCGAGUCGCGGGCCGAGGGAGAAGUAGAGGGGCAGUGUCUCCCUCACGUGAUCCGAACGGCGCCGAGCGCGUCGCGCUGCGCCCCCGCCCCGGGGUCGGUCACGGUCUGCGCCUGCGCGGGCCCCGGCUCGCUCGCCGUCCUCCGGGACGCCGGCGGCGAUGGGUUGGGGAAGUGGACGCCUGGAGAACGGAAGUCCAUUUAUCAAAAUUGACUCCAGAAGAGAGAACAUAACAGAACAAAAACAAUGGAAGAAAUUGGGAACAUUAUCAAAAAGCUAUCAUCCUGCCAAACUCCAGGCUCAGAUGGUAUUACAGGUUAAAAAAAGUCCUUCAUGAAAAAGAAAGCUCUUAAGCAACAUGAUGGAUUCAGAAGCUCAUGAAAAGAGACCACCAAUACUAACAUCUUCAAAACAAGAUAUGUCACCUCAUAUUACAAAUGUUGGUGAAAUGAAGCAUUACUUGUGUGGCUGCUGUGCAGCCUUCAACAACGUCGCAAUCACAUUUCCCAUUCAGAAGGUCCUCUUUCGACAGCAGCUAUAUGGCAUCAAAACCCGGGAUGCAAUACUUCAGUUGAGAAGGGAUGGGUUUCGAAACCUGUAUCGUGGAAUUCUUCCCCCAUUGAUGCAGAAGACAACUACACUUGCACUUAUGUUUGGUCUGUAUGAGGAUUUAUCCUGCCUUCUCCACAAGCAUGUCAGUGCUCCAGAGUUUGCAACUCGCAGCGUGGCGGCAGUGCUUGCAGGGACAACAGAAGCAAUUUUCACUCCACUGGAAAGAGUUCAGACAUUGCUUCAAGACCACAAGCAUCAUGACAAAUUUACCAACACUUACCAGGCUUUCAAGGCACUGAAAUGUCAUGGAAUUGGAGAGUAUUAUCGAGGCUUGGUGCCCAUUCUUUUCCGGAAUGGACUCAGCAAUGUCUUUUUUUUCGGCCUCCGAGGUCCCAUUAAGGAGCAUCUGCCUACUGCAACGACUCACAGUGCUCAUUUGGUCAAUGAUUUUAUCUGUGGAGGUCUGUUGGGUGCCAUGUUGGGAUUCUUGUUUUUUCCAAUUAAUGUUGUAAAAACUCGCAUACAGUCUCAGAUUGGUGGGGAAUUUCAGUCUUUCCCCAAGGUUUUCCAAAAAAUCUGGCUGGAAAGAGACAGAAAACUGAUAAAUCUUUUCAGAGGUGCCCAUCUGAAUUAUCAUCGGUCCCUUAUCUCCUGGGGCAUAAUCAAUGCAACUUAUGAGUUUUUGUUAAAGGUUAUAUGAAAACACCACCAGUUAAGUGCCAUUUUUCAACUGAACAGACCUUCUAAGAAGAA